UAAGCUCGUGUUAAUGUUGUGUGUGAAGAUGUUUGGCGUGCUCUCGGCGCUUCUGCUGGUGUGUGUGUGUGGGGUGUGUGUGCGCGGGAGCGAGGAUUUACAGAGAGACUUCGGAGUGAAACUGUGCGGCCGCGAGUUCAUCAGAGCCGUGAUCUUCACCUGCGGAGGCUCCCGGUGGCGGAGGAGCGCCUCUCAGCCCGGUCAGCUGCUGCUGGACAGAGAUGAAGAGCUCAGCCCGUCUCUCUCAGAUCUGCUGUCUGUUCUGAGCGACCGGAAGAGAGAAACCGGCGACCGGCGGAGGCGGAACUUCUCUCUGGGACUGGCGGGAAUGUGCUGCAAUCGGGGCUGCACUAAAAACGACAUCGGCCUCCUGUGCUGAUGAUGAA